CAAUUCUUUGAUGUUACGCACUACUUCGCUGUGUGCAUUUAUAUAUAUCUGCGUCCUUGUCGAAUAUAACAGAUAUUAAAUUACAAUGGGUGUGACUGUGUACUUUCUAGGUGCUGUGAUAGUCGCACUUUUAGGUGUGUGGCAGAGUGAAUCAUUUCUAUACACAAGCCAUGAAUGCGUGGCAAACGACGGCCCCUUCUCAUGCACAUAUGAGGAGGCGCGUGAUAAGUUCCGAGCUGCAAUAACCCCAUUUUUGAGAGAUGCGAAUGAUAUGCAAUCGUAUCCUGUCUCUGAUGAAGGCCUGGAAAUAGACAUCGCCUACAUUGGCAGCAAAGCGCCAACUGGCCUGGUUAUCCACAUGAGUGGCACUCACGGUGUAGAAGCACACGCUGGUGCUGGUGUCCAAACUGACUGGUUGCGAAAGCUGAGCGAAGGGACUGGUGGCAAGGAGGUCACUGAGUUUAUCCAACCGGAUCGCAAUGUCGGAAUAGUCUUCGUAUCUUUGCUGAACCCUUAUGGUAUGAAGUAUGGCCGACGAUUCAACGAGAAUAGCGUUGAUCUGAAUCGCAAUCUGUUGACGGAUAAGCAGUGGGAAUCUCUAAAGAAAUCUGGUGGUAAUGCCAAGAAAGAGUACGAGCAAUUCGAUGUCCCGCUAUUCAACCCUCCGAGACCGGCAGUUUGGUCCGACAGCUGGCUCACUCUACCCAAGGCGCUGUACUACACGGUCAUAUAUGGUGUCAAUACGCUCAAAACAGCCGUGGUCACGGGGCAGUACUACAAUCCAAAAGGAAUUUUCUACACUGGAGAUAAAAUUCAGCCAAGCUACCAGGCUGUGACUGACUACUUCCAGAACCGGAGUGAACUAUUUUCAAAUGUACGGACAACUAUGAUUGUCGAUGUCCAUACGGGCCUCGGGCCUGCGGGUAUAGACACCUUGAUGCCUGAUUCAGACGCAGUCUGCAAUUACUUCCCAGGAGCCCCGGUGUGCGAUUCGCAUGCCUCCGAAGCAACAACUGAAGUUGCCGCCGGAUAUGAGCUUGUAUGGGGCACCACCUCAAAACUGAUAACGGCGCUACCUUUGGGUAUUCCGGGCUCACAUAUGCACGUGUGCCAAGAGUUCGGCACUGUUCCUGGAAUUAUGGUGGUAAAUGCUUUGGUUCUGGAGAACAUGGCCUAUCACUACGGCACGAGUGGGGUAUCUCGUGAGACUUUUCAACAAGGACUUCGAGAUGCUUUCUACGUACGAAAUGAUGCAUGGGAAGAGUUGGUCCGUGCAAGAGGCGCGCUAGUACUUGAGCAAGCCAUAGUAGGUGUAUCCAAGGCCUGAGGAAAUGGAGCGCAGGCGUUCCUACUUUCUAAAUAAAAGUCUCAAACCAACAUCUAAUUGGUG